AUGUGUGCUGUGCUUCGUGCUAGAAGAUGGUUUGGUACUUUAUUUGAGCCAACUUCUGAUCAGUUGGCUGCUAUAGCUUUACAGCCUGUUGUGUAUGGUUUAAUUGGUCAGCACAUUGGCCAACGAAGUUGUCGUAUUCAUACUCAUGUCUUACUUGCUUAUGCUAAUCCAAGAGUUAGACCCACCUUUAUCCCAGGAAUGCAUUGGGAUCCAGCUCCAGGAGAUUAUACUUCUAUUCGAUCAUAUUGCGAUAAGGAUGAUGAUAUUUAUGAAUGGGGAGCCACCCCAUCAGGUCGCAAGGGCUUACAAGAUGCUUGGAACCAUUUUGUUGAUACCAUAAAGGCUGGUGAAGUUGAUAAAGAUUCUCAGUUCCUAAAAAAUUACGAAGGCGAGCUGGCUCAUAAAAAUAUAUGGCUAGUUGGUCCCACUGGGUGUGGAAAGUCUCGUAUGGCUCAUGAGGCUUUCCCUCCUGAAGAAAAAUGUGUAUUGAUAGAAGAUGCUGACCCAACAAUGUGUAAAUUUAUUGCACACUACUUUAAAAUUUGGUGCGAUCGUUACCCCUUCAUUGCUGAGAAGAAGGGAGGAGCUAUAGCUGUUAAUGCUAGUGACUAUAAUUUAGUAGUCACUAGUCAAUACACCAUUGAUGAAUGCUUCCCAGAAGAGCGGGAUGCAGAAGCUAUUCGAAGACGCUUUGAUGUCUUCGAAUUUAAAGAAGAAGAUUCUCUCUCCUUCACUUGGAAGAGUGUGACUCUUGACUAG